UGACAGCUCCGCUCCGCACUACCAAAACUUCCGCACAGAAAGGCCAGACUGACUUCAACUCCGCUCACCAAACAAGCAUCAACCACCAUCACCACCUCCCCCCCAAACCGUCCGUCGUCUCCCCACAAUCCCACAGACGACUACAUAAACAACCCACCAUGUCGCGAAACGCGCAAGUCGAAGAAGUCUACGACUCCGACCCAGACGAGGUCGCCCCCUCCGACUUCUCACCCUCCGACCCCAUCAUCUCCCCCGCUGCAAUCCCCCAACAGGGAGUAUCGUCGUCCCUCCCCAUGAGACCAGCCCCGGCCCAAGCCCCCGAGCCCCAGCGCGAAAUCCCCAAGCACUUCCAGUGUCUGUACCCCGUGUACUUUGACAAGACACGAACGCGGGCCGAGGGCCGCAAGGUCGGAGCGGAGCUUGCGGUUGAGAAUCCGUUGGCGAGGGAUAUUGUCGAUGCGGCGCAGAUGUUGGGGCUGAAUGUGGGAUUCGAGCCGGAGAAGUUGCAUCCUAAGGAUUGGGCGAACCCGGGCCGUGUGAGGGUGUUGUUGAAGGAUGAGAGUGGGAAGUUGGUGAAUCCGAAGAUUAAGAAUAAGCACCACCUUUACAUCCUCGUUGCUCAAUACCUGCAAGCACACCCUACCACCGAAGAAUCUCCCUACCGUUUGAGAAUUAGAGGCUUGCCAAUGCCCGAGAAGCUUCCCGCCGCUCCUUCUGCCCCCCGAGGCUGGAAACUGGGCAAGAUCCUCCCGAUGCACUCGCCAGCUUACAGUGGCGGAGGAGUCAGCGACAACCCGCUCAAGGACGCCAUGGCCGAGAUGCAGAACAUGCAGGGUAUGCCCGGCAUGCCUCAGAUCCCGGGAAUGCCAGAUAUGGCCAAUAUGGCCAAUAUGAUGGGCAUGGGAGGAGGCGGAGGAGAGCCGUCUGGAGGUGGCAGUGAGAAGAAAAAGAAGGACAAGAAGAAGAAAUGAGCCUGCCCUGCUGACUGUUGAUAUAAUCGAUAUCUUAUCUUCCUUUUCGCUUCAUGUGUUAUACUUUGGGUUGCAUUGCACGGGCGACAGGCGUUUUUUACUUUGAAUAUAGAGGACAUGAUGUUCCUGAUACCAACAUGGAAUCAAAAAUGAACCUUGAAUGUUAGAUCUGAUCGGGUCAAUUUAAAGAUUUAUUCGCCACCGCAGCCACACAGUUACUGCA